GUCAGAAGCAUUGCUCAAAGCUUUAAUAUUUCUGCGACACCCCCUUUCACAAAGUGUGCCUUCCCUCCCGCAGCAGGCUUCUGCUAUUCUUGCUAAAUCAUCGCCGCUGGACCGGUUGUUCACUGCAGAGGGGGUUUAAUGCGAACCACCUCUCAUCUCCCAUUUUGCAAGUACUGACCCGCAACCAAGAUGUUUACUACGAAGCUCGUCGUGAACUAUCAAGUGAAAGCUCCUCGGGUCGCACUCCAGAACAUCGACCUUGGAAAAAUGACUCUCUCAAACUCCAUAUCACCAUGCCAAUCAGUCAAAUCAAAGGGAGAGAUACCACAGCUAGAGUCCAAUUCUGGAGAAGGUCCCGAACAUGACGAUUUCUGGGUCAAACCACGAACACCAGAGGAGACUGACGACCAGAGAGUGACCAGAGUCACCACGAAUAUCCGCAUAUCUCUCAAGGGACCGAGCCCGGCACUGGAACAGGACUCGGAGGAAUUCAAGAAGCAAGGCAAGGAGAUCCAAAAAGACAUCCGUCGCCUAUCGCGGUACUGCCGAAAACACUCGCGAAGGAAAAGCAGUCCCGUGCGCUUCGCAGAUGAACAACGACAAGCGGCGGAACAACUCGAGCAAGAAUGCGAGUUCCGGCGGCGCCUGUCGGUUCAAGACGGAGUGGCUUUCUUGGAGGACUUCCUGCACCACCAUUUCCCAGAACACCUUGAUCAUAUUCGCAUCCAGAGUACACUGACGCUUGAGGAUAUCAAAAUGAUUGGCAACGAAGAGGCGGCCAAGGGAAUCAGGGAAUGUCGCCGGCUGUUCAAUGCCCCUGUCAUCAGCGACGAGAUAGGAACGCUGCUGUGGAAUGAAUUGCGGCAGGGAGACGCGCUGGAUCAUAGCCAUGAGUGGCGGUCCGAAGACGAAGUGGACAAGGAGAAUAUCCCGCUGGCAGAGAUAAGGCAACAGCGCGCGACCAUACUGGCGGAACAGAAGGCGAAGUUCAUGGCAAACGCACUACAGGAGCAAUUAGCCUGCAGAGGUGUCGGCCCAUCAAACGGUCAGGGUCGCACUCCGCCGAGACGGUCUAGAGAUGUGUCGCCGACCCGUAUAGUUGCUGCCACAACAGCGGUGCAACAGCAUGAUGAAUCGUCUUCGACGGCGGUGAUGGACAAGAAAGCCGUUGAGGGUUUCUUGGAUGAGGUUAAGGAUCGGACGGCGAAAGCUGCGGGUUACUUCGCCGCAUCACUGGCUAGUGGGUACUGCCACUGAGCAGCAGCAGCAGAGCUUCGCGGUGUCGUCAUUUGAAUGCAAGAGGUGCUGAAACAACGCGAAUCAUUAGAGAUACCAUUUGAAUUAGGAAAUGAGAGGUGGAACGAGCCUAGUGUUCAGCUACGGAGCAUCAACUGAUGCAGUGAGACGACGAGACGUGGGAAAAGUUGAAGAGUUUUACUAAGCCCUGAAUUGAUGGUUAAUUGACUUAAGCCGAACGUUGCAAAUGCGUCCGCAAUAUUCACACAUAGUGGAUUCUUGACCCCGUGGAGAGAUGAUCUUGCAAUUAUUUAUCGUUACGUUCGCGUUCGA